AUGUUUUCAGGUCGAUCAAUCCUGCAAAUUAAAAUAACCAAAGAAGAACAUGACUUCCCUCUUGAUUGUCGUAGAUGGAAUCAAACACCAACAUGUCCAAAAAACUAUCCAACAACGCAUAAAAAUCUAGACCAUUCGUUGAACAAGACAUGUCCGGAUUACUUUCGAUGGAUCCACGAAGAUCUACGACACUGGAGAGGGACAGGGAUCACAAGAGACAUGGUGGAGAGAGCAAAGUGGAAUGCACAUUUCAGACUAGUAAUCCUUGAUGGAAAAGCAUAUGUAGAAAGAUUUAGAAAAUCAAUUCAAACUCGAGAUUUGUUCACGCUAUGGGGGUUUCAACAAUUGUUAAGAAGGUACCCUGGCAGGGUUCCUGACCUUGAACUUAUAUUUGAUUGUGAUGAUCGGCCGGUGUUUAAUGCAAAACAAUACUUUAGGAGGCCAAAUCCUGGGCCUCCUCCAUUGUUCAAGUAUUGUUCUGAUCCGUGGAGCUUGGAUAUCGUUUCACCCGAUUGGUCCUUUUGGGGAUGGCCCGAGACAAACCAAAAGCCAUGGGAAAUUACAUUGAAGGACAUUAAAGAAGGAAACAAGAGGGUCAAAUGGAACGAAAGGGUACCCUACGCGUAUUGGAAGGGUAACCCUGGGGUGUCCCCUGUUAGGGGUGAUCUUGUCAAGUGCAAUGUUAACCAAACUUCUCAUGUUGACUGGAAUACUCGUUUAUUUUUUCAGAAUUGGACCAAUGAAUCUGCAAAUGGAUACAAGCAGUCGAAUAUUGAAGAUCAAUGUACUUACAGGUAUAAGAUAUAUGUUGAAGGAUGGGCAUGGUCGGUUAGCGAGAAAUACAUAUUGGCGUGUGACUCUCCAACAUUAUACAUAACCCCGCAUUACUACACAUUCUUUUCAAGAGGGAUGACACCCCUAGAACAUUUUUGGCCUAUUCGGGAAACUAAUAAAUGUAGAUCUCUUAAAUUUGGUGUCGAAUGGGGCAACAAUCACACUUCCAAGGCACAAGAGAUGGGGAAGGCAUCAAGCCGGUUCAUUCAAGAGGAUGUGAAGAUGGAAUAUGUUUAUGACUACAUGUUACAUUUAUUGACGGAAUACGCUAAGCUCUUGAAGUUCAAACCUAUUAUCCCUCCAAAUGCAAUGGAGCUAUGUUCAGAGUCGAUGGCGUGCUUUGCAGAUGGAAAGUGGAAGGAGUUCAUGGAAGAAUCCCUCGUGCGCUACCCUUCGGAUACAACUCCGUGUACUAUGCCUCCACCCUAUGAUCCCUCCACCAUUAAAUAUAUCAUUGACAACAACACAAGAGCAAUAAAACAAGUUGAAAUGUGGGAAGAUGAAUUUUGGAAGACUCACAACUUCAACAAAUGA